AUGGUGGACAAGGUCGAAAAGUACGCAGUGGUCGUAGAUUUAACAGCUGGUACUGUAGGUGGUAUUGCUGGUGUUAUUGUUGGACAACCAUUUGAUACUGUUAAAGUACGUCUCCAGAUCUACAGCAAGUAUUAUCAUGGAGCUUUUGAUUGUGCACAUCAGACACUCAAACAUGAAGGAGUAUCAGGUUUUUUCAAGGGUAUGACGUCACCAGUAAUUGGAAGUGCAGCGACAAAUGCCGUCAUGUUUGCAGUCUACGAGCGCACAUUGAAGAUGAUUGACGACAAUAAAGAGACUCCAACACUUCAAUCUGUUUUCUAUGCUGGAGCAAUUGGAGGAUUUUGGCAGACUGUUCCAUUGGCACCUGCAGAGCUCAUCAAGUGCAGACUUCAGGUGCAAAAUGGACGUAGAAGUAGUCACUACCGAGGACCAAUGGAUUGCAUUCGACAUAUUAUGAAAGUGAAAGGAAUGCCUGGACUCUUUCUUGGCUUCACGUGUACAUUGUGGCGUGAGGUGCCAUCCUUUGCUGUCUACUUUUGGCUAUACGAAUACACAAAACGUAUGAUGAUUGACAAUGGCAUUAAUUCUACAACUUCCAUGUUGACUGCUGGUGGAGCUGCUGGUGUUGCUUCCUGGAUCGUUUCCUAUCCUUUUGACGUCAUUAAAUCUGCUAUCCAGACGCUUCCAGUUGAUCACAAGCCUGGCGAGCACAAGAUUGCGUAUCAAGCACGACAACUCUUUCGUCUCGGUGGCUGGCGGAUCUUUUUUAGUGGUCUAGGUACUGCUUGUGUGCGAGCAUUCCCAUGCAAUGCUGUUACAUUCUACGGCUAUGAAAAGUCUUCUGAGCUACUGAAGGGCAUGAUACGAGACUAA